AUGGACUGUCUUGGGGUUUCGUCCCUCCAGAACCUACAGGCUCUGUCUGAUUUAUUAUCCACUCAGGAGGAGGAGGACGAUGAGGAUCCAGGCUGCAAAAACAUGGCUCCAUGUACACGGCUAAACCCUGGACAUAUUGGCCCACAGCCAAAAAAAGACAAAGAAGUGUCAAAUGCAAAUGUGACCAAAACCAAGGAUAUCUGGAGUGAGGAGGAAGUAGCUGAAGGUUCCCACUUAGACGACCACACUGAUCCACGGCCACAGCCUGAGUAUGACAUCAUCCUGAAGCAGAGUGUGGGGACUGAAGACAUCUACUUGGGCCUGAGCAGAAAGGACCCCUCCUCCAUGUGCUGUGAAGCCAUGCUGGUUAAAAUCCGACUUCCAGACACCAAAGCAACAGAUGUAGUCCUGGAUGUGAAAGAAAAGUUCCUUGAUCUACGGACGCCCAAAUAUAAACUGGGUCUUCAUCUCCCACAUCCCGUCCACAGCCAGGAAGGAAAAGCCCAGUUCUUUAGUGACAGGGAUGAACUGGAAGUGACUUUACUGAUGAACCGGCCCAUGGACUCUAUCAACAUGCAAUAAGAAAGACAGACUGGUGUUCAGCAGACAGGAGAAUAGACAUGAGCAUUUACUCUGGAGAUUCACACACUGCCUUAUAACAAAUAUCUGUACUUCCU